ACAACAACAUACCUAUUGGACUAAUGCUUGUUGCAAUGGUGUUGUACUGUUUGAUUCAAGACAACCACAUACUCUUAAUUCUUGGUUAAAUGUUUAAUUGAUCAGUCCUUGUUGACCAAGGACUAUAGUUAACCAUUUCAUAUUAAAAGAGACAUUAACUUAAAUUGUUUACAAAUAUAUUUUAACUAAAAUUCUCCAUGUCAUCUGUUAAAUACACAAUGAUUUUUGAAUUAUAGCUUCACUUUCUUGGCUCAGAUUAAAUGUAAAAUAUUUUGGGAGCAGGCUGAAGUCUUACAAUGUAGCCUAGUGAAAUAUUAAACAAAUAAGUAAGUAGCAAGUCAAUUAAAAAGACAGAUUUAAAAAAAGACACGAAGAAAAGAAUAGUCAUUUGUGUCAACCCUUCAAUAUUAAACAUAAAUCAUAUAUAUGACCUAUUUUGUAGCCUACUGUUUCUGACAUUACGACCACAAGACUUGUAAAGGGUUAACAGAAAAUGUGAUUAUCCCAUCUUGUGAUCCCAUUUCCAUCCAUGAAAGAAACUAUUUUAGUUUUUCAAAGUGGGUCAUAUGCACGCAUACUCGGUACAGAUCCUGCUGGAGAGGUCCUGCUUUUUAACAGAUCAGUAAUAUAUUGAUCAAAUCAUGUGUCCUGAAGCCGUGGUGGUGAGUUGCUGACCAUACUGAGGAGUGUGAGAGCAGCAUCAUGGACACGGGGUCUCUGGCACCUGGGGGUCCUGCUGUGGAGCUGGGUCUCCAGAGACUCUCCUUUGCCUACCAGAACCUCUCUGAGAUUCCUUACGACACUAUCCUUCAACAACAGGACACCCUAGAGGUUCUGGACCUCAGUUACAAUUUGCUGGAGGAAAAUCCGGCUCUUUUGGGGGGUCUGGAAAAGCUCAGCACACUCAUCCUGGACUGCAACAACUAUAAUUCGCAUGUCAAAUUUCCCUAUAUGCCCAGCCUCACCACCUUAUGGCUCAACAAGAACAAAAUCAGCAACCUUCCCAUUAUUGUAGAGGAGAUCUGCUACAAAUUUCCAAAUAUCAGAUUUCUUGGCAUGAUGAACAAUGAAGCAGCACCCAGUUAUUUUAAUGGAGGGAGUUUUACCCAGUAUGUCGAUUACAGGGAGUAUGUGAUCAGUCAAAUUCCCAGUCUUGAGGUGCUGGAUGACACGGAGGUGCAGGAAAAAGAACGAGAGCUGGCUCGGAAAACCUAUAGGAUGCAGAGGAUCAGAGAAGGCAGCAGAAAGAGGAAGGAGCUUCAUCGCUAACAGCAAACCAUUAAUAAUCUCAUAUCAUUAACUCACCCCUGGCUGUGUGCUAAACACAACUCAUAUCAGACUUCACAUGCUUCAAAGCCGGUUGACAGCAAAUUUAGUUAUGAACCAAAGCAUGUUUGCACUGUGAUUGAAAGCUACAUCAAAUAAAUAUUACAUAAGACAUUUUAAGUUUCUUUCAGAGCAUGUAAUUGCACUGUAUGCAAAAAUGCAAUGAUUGAAUGAACACAAUAAAAUGUUGCCUUUUUUGUUCAAUCUAUUCUUAUUUUUAUAUUAAAGUCGCAUAAAGUUAAUUGUCCAAACAACAGUUUACAGUCUGAACAUUGUUUUCUUUGUAUUAAUUUCUUAAGGAAAUGUGCCUCAUAGAGGCUGUGUGGGGUUUUCUAAAACAGCACAAGAGAAAAUCCUGGCAAAUCCUGUAAAGCUCUAGUUAGUCUACAAAAAUACACAAUCCAUGCGGGACUCUAUUAUGCACAGAGAAUAAUUUUAUUGGGUUAUCUGUCUAAAACAGUUUAUAUUUAUAUUUUUUCUGGUAUAAAGAACAUAAAAACAGGUUUGGUUCAUAUUUUAUAUUAUAACAUUCCUUGUAUAAACUGUGUAAAGCUGGUGGUUGUUUUGAAGAAAAUAAAGUAAUAUUCUUUUCAUACA